AUGGAAAAUAUUGAUGGGUUUGGCCCUCCUCCGCAACAGACUAUUUCCCAACACUUAGCCAUUCAAUUACAAGCAUCAAGGGCAGGGGAACAGGCGGCAAGAGCUCAGAUGGAGAUAGCGAAGAAAAGAGCGCGAGAGGAAGCCAUUGCUGAGGGAUUCGAAAAGUACCAACGUGAUCUAGAGACCUUGUGGGUGGAACUGGGUAACGUUGUCCAUCACCAGACAAACCGGAAGAGUAGAAAAUGCGCACUGGAGCAUAUGCAAGGCGUUACGGCGACUCUUAGAUUUGCAAUUUUUGAGUCGAUUGCAAAUAUCGACAUGGAUGUCUCCAGCUGGCUUCAAUGGUUUCUGGUAGAAUUUGAUAACCGUAGAUGUAAAAAGACGCGUCAAAGAGCUUGUGUCGAUACCACUUCUCCAAAUUGCUCCGCAAACUUUUGUAAAAACGAUAAAGCACAAUAG